AUGCUGCCGUCCUCAAAACGCUACCUCCUCAAAGGCGGUGUCGACGAGCAGACAGCGGGGUUCAUCAUGAUGGGGUGCUUUGUGGCUGGUUUCAUCGGCAUCCAGAUCAUCUCGAGGGUGCUGCACCGCUUCAUGCCUUCUCACGUGGUCGACUGUGACCAUAGCCACGAGGGACAUGGCGGCUCUAAGGAUGCCCAUUCAGAACUCAACGGCGCGCCCAGACGUUCCAGGAGGUCCCUGCACAAAACAUCCCACUCCACACUAGCCGACGGUGACGGCCUCGAAGACGUAGCUUCAGAGUCUACGCCGCUGCUGGAGUCGAGUCAGGGACUGCUAAGGGGCCCUCAUACGCGGAGUGAAGGAGGUCUUGCACAAGAACACAGUCACAGUGUGCAUGACGCCGCGAACCAACAUUCGCAUAGCCUGUUGAAGAGCCGGAGGCGGACACAGCCAGAACCCCGCCGCCCGUCUAUGAUGCAGGUGCGAGACAGAGUGCUGUCCUUUGUCAAGGAUACAAAGUCCAACUGUGACGAGUUUGGGCCGUGCUUUGGCUACACCGACCCCUGCGGGCAGGAAUGCUUCAAGCAUCUCAGUUCUCGCAACUCGGCCAUCAGAACGACCACGAACUCCAUUCCACAUCAACAUCUCGUCUACCCUAGCUUGCCCGAAGACGUAGAACGUGAUUCAGUGGCACCGCUGACUAGUCCGAAGCGACGGACGAGUCGAGUCCGAUCGCGGGAUCUAUCGCGGAGCAGCUCCCACGCCUCGCACGGAGACUACCAUUGCUGCCACGGCCACGAUCAUGCCCACGAUCACGCGGGGGAUAGCGACGACGAGCUCGACGACGAUGCCGCCUCGACGAAAACGGAGGACCUCGAGGCCCAGCACCACCACCACGUGCCGACCAACGCCUUCAUGUCCAUCGGCCUGCAGACCGUCAUCGCCAUCGCCCUGCACAAGUUCCCCGAGGGCUUCAUCACCUUCGCCACCAACCACGCCAACCCGUCCCUGGGGUUCAACGUCUUCAUGGCGCUCUUCGUCCACAACAUCGCCGAGGGCUUCUCCAUGGCCCUGCCGCUCUACAUGGCCCUCGACAGCCGCUGGAGGGCCAUGGCCUGGUCCUCCCUGCUCGGCGGGCUCAGCCAGCCCGCCGGCGCGGGCAUGGCCGCCCUGUGGUUCCGCCUCGCCCGCAGGGGCAACCUCGUCAUCAACAGCGUCGCCUACGCGUGCCUCUUCGCCGCCACGGCGGGCAUCAUGACGAGCGUCGCGCUGCAGCUGUUCGUCGAGAGCCUGAGCCUCAACCACAACCGGAACCUGAGCAUCGGCUUCGCCUUCCUGGGCAUGACCCUGCUGGGCUUGAGCAAUGCCCUCGUCACUGACUAG